AUGCCCUUUGCGCAACUCGUCGUCGGCAGCCCAGGCUCUGGAAAGAGUACCUACUGUGAUGGCAUGCACCAGUUCCUGGGCGCCAUCGGGCGAGCCUGUUCAGUCGUAAACCUCGAUCCUGCCAAUGACCAUACAAACUACCCUGCGGCACUCGAUAUUCGCAACCUAGUUAAACUCGAGGAAAUUAUGAAAGAUGACAAGCUAGGACCUAAUGGUGGCAUUUUAUAUGCCCUUGAAGAAUUGGAACAUAAUUUCGAGUGGUUGGAAGAGGGACUGAAAGAAUUCAGUGAAGAUUACGUUCUUUUUGACUGCCCAGGACAGGUGGAACUAUACACACACCACAACUCCCUACGGAAUAUCUUCUACAAACUCCAGAAGAUUGGAUACAGGCUUGUCUGCGUCCACCUCUCGGAUUCUUUCUGUCUAACGCAACCCUCGCUAUACGUGUCGAACGUCCUCCUUUCCCUCCGAGCCAUGAUCCAGAUGGACAUGCCGCAUAUAAACAUCCUCUCGAAGAUCGACAAAGUCUCCGAGUAUGACGAGCUCCCGUUCAACCUCGACUAUUACACAGACGUAGACGACUUGACAUAUUUAACGCCCCAUCUCGAAUCAGAAUCGCCCGCUUUGAGGAGCGAAAAGUUUGGCAAGUUGAACGAGGCUAUCGCAAAUCUGAUCGAGAGCUACGGUCUGGUGCGUUACGAAGUCCUGGCGGUUGAAAACAAGAAAAGCAUGAUGCACAUUCUUCGUGUCAUUGAUCGUGCCGGUGGAUACGUCUUUGGUGGUGCUGAAGGUGCCAACGACACAGUGUGGGCGGUCGCCAUGAGGAGUGAGUCGUCUAUGCUAGAGGUGCAGGAUAUCCAGGAGCGCUGGAUUGAUCAAAAGGUGGAAUAUGACCAACUGGAGCGUGAGGCAGAGGAGGAGCAGGCUCGCAUCCAAGAAGAACAGGCCAUGGAGCUGGACCAAAGCGAACCAUUUGCUCCAGCGGGUGGAAUGGACCCUGACUUUGGAGAUAUGACAGUCCCAAAGGACAGUGGGAUCAAGGUAGUAAGAAAAAAAUGA